ACAGGAAGUGAAGCAGACGAAGUCGCUGGACCAACACCUCCGGACUAUCUUGGAUAAAAGUUGCUGUAAAAGCUACAGGAGACCAGCUUAUGAAAUGGAUGAAAGCCAUCCAGACUGGGCACCCUCAUUACAUCUCGGACACACGGAGGUGGAAGCUGGAGAUAACAAGAGUCUACACAUAACAUUGAAUGAGGAGGGACUUUCUCCAACAAGAGAGGAGUACGAGCGACUAUGUCAACAUUACACCCAGCGGCUGAUUGGUUGUCAAGAAGAAUGUCCCUCUCAGCCACAGGAGGAGCAACAGACUAUUAAACAGGAAGAGGAGGCGCCACAGCCUCCUCACAUUAAAGAGGAAGAGGAGGAGCCACAGCUCCCCUAUGUUAAAGAGGAAGUGGAGGAGCCACAGCCCCCCUAUGUUAAAGAAGAAGAGCCACAGUCCUCCUAUGUUAAAGAGGAAGAGGAGGAGCCACAGCCCCCCUAUGUUAAAGAAGAAGAGGAAGAACUCUGGAUCACUCAGGAGGGAGAUCAUCUUCCAGAGGAGGCUGAUCUCACCAGGUUGCCACUGACUCUUGUCUUCGUGAAGACUGAAGACCAUGAAGACAAACCACCUGAGUCCUCACAGCUUCAUCAUAGUCCAACAUCACAAGCAGACAACCUCUUAGCUCCACUGUCUGAUAGUGACGACACAACUUCACACAAACAGUCUGAAAGCUCAAAAAAGAAAACAGGGGAAAAACGUUUUAACUGUUCAGUUUGUGAUAAAAGAUUUUCUCGGAAGAAUGGUUUGGAUCAACACAUGCGAACACACACAGGAGAAAAACCCUUUAGUUGCUCUGACUGUGGUAAAUGCUUCACUAUAAAGGCAAACAUGGAAAGACACAUGACAAUACACACAGGAGAAAAACCUUUCAGUUGCUCAGUCUGCGGCAAAUGCUUCACUCAAAAGACAGACAUGAAUUUACACAUGAGAACACACAAAGGAGAAAAACCUUUUAGUUGCUCGGUGUGUGGUAAAUUCUUUGCCCGAAAGACGCACCUGAAAGUACACAUGAGAACACACACAGGAGAAAAACCUUUUAGUUGCUCAGACUGUGGUAAACGCUUCACUCUAAAGGCGCACAUGCAAUCACACAUGAGAACACACACAGGAGAAAAACCUUUUCGUUGUUCAGACUGUGGUAAAGGCUUCUCUCUGGAGUCAGAUUUGGAAUUACACGCUAGAGCACACAAAGGAGAAAACUUUUUGAUGCUUAGACUGUGGUGAACUCCUCGCUUUUAAGACGGCCAUGCAAUCACACACAGGAGAAAGCAAGCGUUUACUUGCUCAAAUUGCAUGUUUUCUCUGAAGUUCGCUUGGUGAAGACACAAGCAGAGGCACUGAUGGUCGGCAACCUGCGGCUCUAGAACCGCGUGUGACUCUUCAGCCUCUUUGUUGUGGCUUCCAUUGGAAUACUCAAAUUUUGUAUUUUUUGCAACAGAUUUUUAAACAACAUUAUUUCAGUCACACUGGUUGGAUUUUUGGCUAAAAAGUUACUGAUUUGAUUGAAAGUUACUGAAUCAUUUCGGAUCGUAUCAUUUUAAAUGAGACAAUAUUUUCCUUGAAUCGCAUUGGCAAUCACAAAUCUAAAACGAAUCGUUGCACCUCUAACUGUAACAGAUGAAGUCACUUCCUGUUCCAUGACUUCCAGAUAGGGUCGGCAGAAUAGAGGGUUGAUUCCUUUUACUGACUUCUUAUGGUUCACUCAUUGGGGUACUGACCACUUUCAGGAGGCCUUUGAAUGAUUUGAGUCGGAGCAAAGUAGUAGUUUUUUUUUUCUAUUUUGCGCUGUGUUGAUUUGACUUAGCGCAAACAUUUGUAUGUAAUAAAAGGAAUCAUUCUAUUAUUUUGUUCUUGUUGUAUUACAUGUUGACAAAAUGUGUACGUUUAAGUGUAUUGAUACAAAUACUUUUUGUUUUCCAAAAAGAAAUUACAGGAAAUUUAAAUUACCUUUAAAAAGUACAGUAUAGAUAUCAGUGCUACUGUCACUGUACUGAUAAUGGAUGGAUGGGGUAUCAGUAUCGAUAUCAGUGCUUCUCUAUCUGUACUAACUGGGUCGCACAUGGAUGAUCUGAUGUUGUAUUUUAUUGUGGACAUUGAAUGCAACACCAAAUAAAGUAUUGAUUUCCAAUGUA